UCUACUAAUUCUCAAUCGUAUAAAUGCUUGUCAGAAAUAGGAUGUGUUAAUGUAAAAAGUUUCUGCUACAUUUGGAUGAUUUAUCAACUGAUAAACAACUUAUGUCCAAACUUGUCAGAAUGAGGCCUAUUGGAGUGGUGAAUUCUCUGUUCACUUAUAAGAAUGGAACACCUCGUCAGCCAUCUGUUUGUGACUCAGCUAGAGGCAGCAUCACGAUUAGUAAAGAGAUUUUCAACACACCUGAACACUCCUUAGAUGGCAUCCAACAGUACUCCCAUAUUUGGAUAAUCUUCGAGUUCCACAAAAACAACAACCAGUACACAAAGGCCAAGGUCAGACCUCCGCGACUAGAUGGCCGUAGGGUGGGAUUGUUCUCAACCAGGUCACCAUACCGACCAAACCCGAUCGGCCUAACCCUUGCCAAAUUGGAAAGGGUCGAAGGUGCUAAGCUCCACAUAUCAGGCAUUGAUAUUUUAGAUGGAUCUCCUGUCCUAGAUAUCAAGCCAUAUAUACCCAGCUAUGACUCUCCAGGGACGUCCGCCACAAUGACGGUCACCCCUACAACGACGUUGAGUGACGCUGACCAUCUAUCUGACAGCAGUGAUGACCAAGUCUCGGACAUCGUUACAGAUGAUGAGCAUUCCAGCAAAUCAAUGGACGAUGCAGAAAGGACAAAUCUGAACGGUCAGAAACAAAGUAAGGUAUUUGACAUUAGAAAGGGACCAUGUUUUAUGGAAACAGGAGGGACUCCUGAUGGCAGUGAAUUACAAACAAGAAGCCAAAAGGAAGUUGUAAAUGAAGAGCAAACAUUGGCAGAUCAUUCAAAAGUUACCAAAAAUUCUGUACCUAGUGAAGUGUCUACUACGGAAGUUUCUACAGAGGUAUCCUCAAAUUCUAACAUUAAAUCUAGUCAGAGUCAAAAUGAUGUUCCCAUAGCAGCAGGAGAAUGUGAAACAGAGUCAUCAUUACCAGAUUGUUCAAUAAAAACAGCACAGUGGGUGAAAGAACCUCCUAUAGAUAAAUUAACUGUGAGAUUCACUAUUACCGCUGAAAAACAACUUGCUAACUUCAGCAAGAGUACAGAAGACUUGGAUCACAGACUUCAGUUUUUAGAGUCACCUAAGGAAGCCCGUGAUGCCAUAUGUCAGAUUUUGACGGAGGACCCGAGAUCUGUGUACAGACGACAGAGUUGCCCAGACAAUUUGUAUUUUUUUGUCGUAGACAAGGUGCAUGCGACUUGUUGGUUUGAUGAGAGCUUGGUGGAAGUUGUGAGGAUCAAACCAGUGUCGCAAGUGAAACAUUUACAGAUUUCUAAGUGAAUUAUACAGGAUACUGGUCAGGUUAAACAUACUGGUGUUUAUUUUGUUGAUUGGACAGGCUGUCAUCGUAUUUAGAAUUAACAGGUUUUUUGUUCAGUCAAACCUGCGCACCACCCACAAAAAUGUAAAUCUUGUGAUAGAUUCAAAUAUAAGAAGUAUGCUCGCUGAUAAAGAACAUAGGGCCUGCCAUCACAAACUAAUAGGUGACUGGGGAUGGAAUUUUGUGAUGGAUUCAAUAUAAGAAGUAAACAUCCUAAUAAACAACAUGAAACAUGAAGCCAUUUUACUGUUUUUAUUUUAGAUAUAUGUAUUUUUCAUCAAGAACAUUAUCUGAUGUUUUAUAACUACAUAGUCUGAAAUAAAAUUUGUACGUGUAUAUUGCAUAGAUAUAUAUCAUAAAUAAAUAAAACUUGUAAAUAUGUAUAUCUGUUUUAUCUACAAAGGCGAAAUAAAUGGUACACAUUUUGGCUACUCUGAUCACGAAGCAACAUUUCAGCAUAUUUCGCUCUCCACAACACUGCCAUCAAUUACAAACCUCAAUGUUCUUUCAAAUUAUCAAGUUCUUUGGACACUAACAACAGAAAUUCACCAACCUAUUAGAUGUGUAUUAUUUUUAAUUCUUACAACUAUUACAUGUAAUAUCGUGUGCUUGAAUUUAAUAAUCUAAAAUUUUAUCUCGGUGAAACUUUAAAUGUUGUUACAUUACUGUUUUCUAAGGAUAUAUGGAACUAUCUAGUAAUUAAGUCAAAAUUUUAUAAAAUAACCAAUCACAUCCUUGAGUUUGAUAGAUGUGGAUAGGGUCGUGACAAGAUUGGGCAAUUUGCAUCUUUAACACAAAGAAAAUUUAAAAUUAAUAUUAUCUAAAAGAACAGAGAAUCAACAAUAAGGUUUUGUACAGAGGGAAAAUAAAUUUCUACUACCGUACAGAUGACAGAUCUAGAUAAUAAAACUGAUACUGUUAUUUCACUUUCUGAAAUAAAACUGAACUUGAUGAUACAGAUAAAAAUAUUGUGUCAAGAAACAUGUAUCUAACCUCUACUAUAUAAGAGGAUACAUGGAACACAGGAUCGACCCGUGUCAACAUCUUGUUUGGAAACAAUACUAGAUAAAUAAACCCUGAUGAUGACACAAUAGAUAUUAAAUCAUGUUCUAUGCAGUAAAAUGAUAUGUUGCUGCUUAUAUCAGUCAGAUCAGAUAGCAGGUACAAUGCUUU